CCGUGACGCAGCAGCUCUCCAAUCUAAAAAGCUCCAACAUCCACACGGAGCGGCAGUUUCUGUCUCCAUCUCCGUCUCGUUGAAUCUGCUGCAGGAACCGAAGCUGCGUUUGACACGGCGCGUAGCGUUGAUGCAGACCCAUGAUGGACGCCUGGCCAGCUGUGGCCUGGAUUCUGAUGCUGAUGUCAGUUUCUGAGUGGACGGAAACCGCAGAGUCACGGGAUUUCAGCAUGAAGGACAUUAUUCAGCUGCAUCCUUCAACCACACCUCAUCCAGGUGGUUUCAAAUGUUUCACAUGUCAGGACGCUGCAGAUAACUACGACUGCAACCGCUGGGCUCCAGAUGUUUACUGUCCAAAGGAUACCAGUUAUUGCUACACGCUCCACAUGAUGAAUAACCAUGGCGACAGCGUUUCUGUGACGAAGCGCUGCGCGACCUUGGAGCACUGCCGCUUCGCCGGCUGCGUCAACAUCACUCACAACGGCUUCCAGGUGUGCACGUCCUGUUGCCAGGGAAACAUCUGCAAUGUGCUGGUGCCGAGGAACGCCAGCGGCGCCGUGUUCUCCUCCACGGGGCCUCUGGUCGGCGCAGGCAGCACGCCGCAUCCCGCUGCACUACGUUACAUCACCCUCAUCACUGCCAGCAGCUGCUGGACACAUUUAAGAAGUCAAAUCAUUUAACACACAAAAUACCUUUUAAACUUGGAGUUUAUUAAGCUUACAGACGACUAUGUAGCGCUUUUUAACCAUUAUGUAUGUUGAAUAUUUAAAAAUGAAUCACUUUAUUUUCUUUGCAGGUUUUUUUUGUUUUAAUAAAAUGAACUACAAAUGUAAUUUGAAUGAUGUUUUACCCAGAGGAGAAGCUCAACACAAAAUAUUGUACAAAUGUUACAAGUACUUUGCUAUUUGUUAUUUAUACAUUUGAGAAAAGUGUGGAAUACAUUUGCAUCUCGAACUUUUCAAGCAUAAGCAAGAAAAUUUUAAUAGCUUCUGGUUGUCAGAGAACAAAAUUUAAUUUAAAAAAAAAUGCUUGAAAGGGGUUUGAAUUAUUUUCCAAGGCAACAUGUAUUAUAAGAAAUCAAAACAGAGCUUGUGAGUAAAGUCUUGAACCAUUAAAGUCGUUUAAUUUUAAACUAAAUACAGAACAAUUUAGGAAAAUAUCUUCAGUCACAUGCCUCAUUUUACCAAUUUACAAAUCAUAUUUAUCAACUGACAUGAACAAGGUAUAAUUUAGUGCUAUUUUAGAUCUGUGACUGAAAGUAUGAGCAUAUUUAAGAUGUUCAGAUACACUUAAAAUCACUGUGCAGGAAGAAAACAACUUAUUGUUUUGUUCUUUGCUGUUCAGCUGUGGAAGCUUUAUUCUGUAACUCUUAAUUAACUUUUAUGCAUUUUGGUUGAAAUUUUGUCACAUUUUUCUGUGAAUAAACUUCUAAAACCACC